AUGUCGUCUCAAACCGCAGCACAGGCCAAUCCAAGGAAGCAGCAAGAACUGCAAAAUCAGUACACUGUCUACAAGAACACACUGCAGCAGAUUGCACAGAAGAUCGGUGAUGUAGAGCAGGAGGCUGAGGAACACAAGCUGGUUCUUGAAACUCUGCAGCCGUUGUCAGGAGACCGCAAGGCAUUCCGUCUUAUCAACGGUGUUUUGAUGGAACAGACGGUUCAAGAUGUUAUGCCUGCGCUCAAGACUAAUUCCGAGGGCUUGAAGAAGGUCCUCGAAGACCUUGUGAAGCAGUACAAAACGAAACAAGAUGAGUUGGAGAAAUGGAAGAAGAAGCACAAUAUUCAAGUCGUCCAGUCGUGA